CUCUACAAGCAAGCCACCGUUGGGGACGUGAACACCGACAGACCAGGUAUCUUUGCCCUCAAGGACCGUUACAAAUGGGACGCGUGGAAGGCCAACGAGGGCCUGUCAAAGGAAGAAGCUGAACAAAAGUACAUUGAACUCGUUGAUGAGCUGAUUGCCAAGUAC